AUGGAUACGACAAUGGAUGCUGCCGUGCCCACGUCGAGCAAAUCUCGCCGGCGAGAUUCUGACGACAGUCGAGCCGAAAGGAAAAGAAUCCAGGAUCGCCUCGCUCAACGAGCUACCCGUGAACGAACGAAGAACCGUAUUUCCUUCCUCGAGCAACGGCUUAGCAGUCUCGAAGCUGGGGACAAGCAAGGUGAAAUCGCCAGCCUAACGCGCAUCGUGGAUAACCUGCAAAAUGACAACCACCGACUUCGCAAUGCCUUACUCAAGAUGCGCAACACCAUUGAUCAGGCCAUCCUUACCACCGACGAUCAGUCCAAGGAUUCUAAAUCCUUGAAACCAUGUGGGUGCAGUGCUCUAUCUGAGUGCGCCUGCUCCCAGGAAGCCAUCACUCCCACUCCGGUCGAGCAACCAGACCCGCAAAUUGACGAGCAGAUUGUGGACGAUAGGCACAAUUCGGUAUCGACAGACACCUCGGAAGUCACUGACCUUGUCAAUGCAAAUGGUAGUGGGACCGGUCUGGACAUCGCCUUUCCUCAACCUGCCGCUACAGGAGGACUAACUGGGCUCGAGAAUUUCUUCGACUUCAAUCCCGAUACGCUGCUAGAAAUGUUCGAAAUGGGCCCUUCCAGCAUGCAAGGCUGGGGUGCCACCGCCACUCCUUCUCCGUUCGACUACCGCUUCCCUGCAGCAGAGACCGUCAAAGUCGCGCCGGACGAGGACAAAUGGCACGUUUCUAACGGCGCGUUCAUAUCGGCUAUGGAUUCUAUAAAGGAACCUGUCAUGACCAACACAGAACUCGACCUGCAUGUCCCGUUCAAGGCAGCGAUUUGGGGCUGGGAUAACAUCGGUCCCGAGGCGCAGCAUCCUGUAUGGCAGGCACUGCGCCAAGUUGAUCAGAGGGUAUUCGGCACCUGGACGUCAAAAGCACAGAGAGUUGCAUUGAUGUAUGUAUGUCAGACACUGCUUCAAUACCGCGAGAAUCCGACCAAGGAGAACCUCGCUCGCGUGCCGGUAUUUCUGAGACCCAGGCCGUCGCAAGAGAAGAUCCAACAUCCCGCUGUAAUCGAUUUCCUCAUAUGGCCCAGUCUACGCGACCGUCUAGUAUUCGAGCACAAAAAGUAUACUGCGACCGGCACCUUUUCGGCUGCAUUCGUGGAAAAUUUCAACUUUCACUGGCCGUACUCCGAUCGGGAUAUCUUCGCCUAUAACCCUACCACCAACCGCUACGAAGUGUCCAAGUUAUUCCUGGAAUAUGCUUACAACUUCAAGAAUUGGACGAUGAAGCCUGGCUUCUUCAAGAAGUUCCCGGAAAUGCAACAUGACAUUGCAGCUUCUGAUGAGACCGUCGAUUUUUCAAGGGCCGCCUGGACGGGGUGA